AGCGCGAGGUUAGCGCGCCCGCAGGGCCAGAGCCGGCCUGGGAAUCCGCGGAACCAAGCGCAACGAGCGGAGCGCCUGGGCGGCGGCGGCGACGCACGCUAUGGCUCCGGCCGGAGACCGCGAGGGCUACUGGGGCCCCACGACCUCCACGCUGGACUGGUGCGAGGAGAACUACACGGUGACCUGGUACAUCGCCGAGUUCUGGAAUACAGUGAGUAACCUGAUUAUGAUUAUACCUCCAAUUUUUGGUGCAAUUCAGAGUGUUAGAGGUGGACUGGAAAAGCGGUACAUUGCUUCCUAUUUAGCACUCACAGUGGUAGGAAUGGGAUCCUGGUGCUUCCACAUGACUCUGAAAUAUGAAAUGCAGCUAUUGGAUGAACUCCCAAUGAUUUACAGCUGUUGUAUAUUUGUAUACUGCAUGUUUGAAUGUUUCAAGACAAAGAACUCUGUAAACUACCAUCUGCUUUUUACUUUAGUUCUGUUCAGUUUAAUAGUAACCACAGUUUACCUUAAGGUAAAGGAGCCUGUAUUCCAUCAGGUCAUGUAUGGAAUGUUGGUCUUCACAUUAGUAGUCCGAUCUAUUUAUAUUGUUACAUGGGUUUAUCCAUGGCUUAGAGGACUGGGUUAUACAUCCUUGGGUGUAUUUUUAUUGGGAUUUUUAUUAUGGAACAUAGAUAACAUCUUUUGUGAUUCACUGAGGAACUUUCGAAAGAAGGUGCCACCUAUCAUAGCUGUUACCACACAGUUUCAUGCAUGGUGGCAUAUUUUAACUGGCCUUGGCUCUUAUCUUCACAUCCUUUUCAGUUUAUAUACAAGAACACUUUACCUGAGAUACAGGCCAAAGGUGAAGUUUCUCUUCGGAAUCUGGCCGGUGAUCCUGUUUGAGCCUCUCAGGAAGCAGUGAUGCAUUAUUUCACCAGUAAAACAAAAUAGCACGUACCAUAGGCCGGGUCAAAUGAUUAAGGAAAUCUUUAGAGAUCUACACGUUCAAAUAUAUCAUGACCAUCACAGCAAAGGAGUGACUUUCUGACUAAUGCUGCCAGCCAUACAGAGAAUGAGGAAUGGGGCUUGUUGGAUGUUUAGCUUGUGUCUUUAUCUCAUUUGUCUUCCUCCUCCUCACCGUCACUCUAAGAUGUUUCAAAAGAAACAGACAUGAUGUGUAUGUAUAUACUCGAAUGCUGGAAAUAUUGGGCUUUUCUUAACAGGUUAACAGUUUGUGCUGAUCAUAGGAAAUUAACCUUUUUCUCUUUUUUGACAAGGCUUGCAUGUGAAUUAAACUUUUCUUAAUAUUUGAUUAAAUAAUGAAAACAGUCAGGUAAGGACUGGCAAAAUCCCAUAUCCAGAUGGCCAGCUAUGGGGCAGCACUUAGCUAUUUCAACCUUGAUUUAUAUUUUUGUUAUAGUAACCUCAUGGAUGGUUUCCCAAGGUAAAAAAAAAAAAAAAGAAAGAAAAGAAAGAAAAAAGAACUAUCUGUGGGAUUCUGGUAGUUCUUCACUGUCUGCCUCUGUGCUGGUCCGAGUGUUAUAAGCAAGCUCAGACCUGCCACUGGGUUCUAUACUUGUCACAUUCCAGAUUUGCGGUAGGCUCUGGGAUGUUGUUUGUGGUCACAGCCCGGCAGGGUGGGUGGGUCAUCUUGUAACCUUUAUGAAGGCCACCAGGACACCUGUAGAAUGUUCCACCUCCACCCAGUUAAAGGUGGUUGCUCCGUUUCCUUUGAUCUUUGCAGAUCUUUAAGUUGUCACUGUUUUUAUGGCUAGGCAAACAUGAUUGGUGGGCAAACAUAUUUCAUCCUCCUAGAAUAACUCAUUUGAAGUUACCAGUAAAUGUCGUUAUACUCUGACUUUUAAAAUUAUGCAAUAUUUUCCAGUUUUCAGAGAGGCCAUGGUUAUGCCCAGGGAAAUGUGUUGGGUGAACUAGAGCUAAAAUGAUCAGGAUCUUAUGUACAUAAAGCUUAUUAGAAAUACCUGCUCCUUCAUUUUGUUGAAGGAAGGUAAUAUAAGGGUUGAAAACAGCUCUAACUUACUUGAACUUGUAACAGAACUACCAAAAAUUAAAGUGCUAAGACAUGGCAGUGAAAUCUCAUUGUAAGGCAGCUAGUUCUAAUGUGGAUUUGAAUGUAUAACAAAUUGAAUCACUCUUCACAAACAUAACACCUGCCUGGAAUAAAAACCUGAUUUGACCCCUUUGCUCAUAUAUCACCAUAUUUGUAGCUCUGUACCAUUUAGCAUUUUUACAACUUUUCCCUGCUUAUACAUUAUUAUAAAAUCCAGAUAGUUUUUACUACAUGGUGUCAUUACCCCAGACUAAAUUCUGAGCUACGGCUUCCAAAGGAAAGUCACUUUUUUCUUAAGCAAAGGUAUAAGACACUAAUGUUGUUUUUCUAGUAUUCAGUAAGAAGCCUUGGUACAAAUUUAAAACGAAUACAGAUUUUGUUGUUUUUCUUCACUUGCUGGCCUUAGUUUUAGUCCAGGUACUCUUUUCCUUACUUUAGCGUGCCAACAUGCCAUUAGGCAGAUACUUCCCACCUGCUUUUAUGAUCCUCCAGCAAGAAAAACACUUGCCAAAAUAUAAAUCUAAAAGAACUUUGGUUGUGCCUUAGGAAAAUAUAAACUAAACAGUUCCAACACAAGCCAGUAAGACUGUUCUUUAUUUGGGCACAAGAUUCUGGCGUCUGGCUACAUUCGUGUGCAACUACGUAGGCUGUCAGUCAUCUAACAAUUUUUAAUGUGUUCAUUUGUUUCACACCAUUGUCGUUUUUGUACUUUUCACUAAGAAGUACUUCUGUACAAAGAAUCUGUAUAAAAACAAAGGUACAUCCUUCCUAACAAUGCUAAAUGCUGUGAGGCUAAGGUUUUGCAGUAUUAAGGUCAGAUUAAGGGUACAGAGAGCAUGCCCUGACACUGAGGCCGUUUAGAGCAGUUUGUUGAAUGAGCAGUUCAGCCACUGCCACCUGUAGUUUCUUAUUGAAUAAAGCUGUCCAGCACCUUAGAGACUCGUAACACUGUGGCCAAGUCUUCAAAGACCCUUGUUUCUGUUGUAAAAACAAACGGCAUGAAACUGCUCAGCAAAGAAGUUUUAGAAGGGUUGAGCAGAAAGCAGAGACUAAAUCCACGCUCUAGUUUUUGUCUCACACAUGCCUCCCUUUUUAGCAACCUAAGUAUUAGCACACUCAAGACUGUAUCUGUGCCAUAUCAGGUAUUGUGGAAAUACUGGGGACCUUUAGGAUAUUGCUAAAUUGUCUUUAUUUCAAUAUGGCUUAAUUUUUUUCCCUUCUAGGACUCUGGGUUGUAUUAUUACAGGGUUGGGUUAUUACCGUUCCCCCACACACACACUUUAUUUUCUUGAGAGAGUCGCUGUUAACUAGAGUGUACAAAAAAACCUGUUUCCUUUUGAGCAGAUAGUGGCUUGUGUGCAUAUCAACUGAUGUGAAAGGUGCUCAUCUCUGAGCCCUAUAGCAAAUUGUAUUCUAGAAAACAUUAGUACUUUAUGAGGGUGUGAAAGAAGCAGUUAGCUUGCACAUUUUAUUAUACUACCUAUGCUGCCAUUUUCACUCUAGAAAAUUGAAAGCAGUUUGACUCUUUUUAAGGAAAAACUAGGUGAAAGGUGGUUGUGUUCAUCUGAUUGGUCACUCUACCUGCCUACCCCUUCACACCUUGGUGCUUUCAUGAAACAUUGCCACUCCUGAAGUGAUCUCUUUUAUCCUUGUGAUAUUAUAUAAAUUAAUGAUGAACAGGAGAAACAUUUAUUUUUGAAUAAUCCACAAAUAAGACCCCCAAAUAGUAGUAUUUGGUUUAGAAUUAGAUCAAAUAUUUUGGUUUAACCUCAGUGCAAAAUUUCCAGGACUGGGCUUUCCUUACACCAAGAGGGUUUUUCAUAUACGAAGGAGAGGAAGAGGUGUGAAUCAAAGAAAAUCAAGAAACCAAAAACUUCAGGUACACGAUGCAUGAAAAUCUUUGAAUGCCUGAAAAAAACUAAGUUCUGUUUUAAUGCCAACACCCUCAGAAUUUAGCCAAUGUCCCUAGAGGUGACUAAUAAUUUAGUUCAAGGGUUUCUUAUGAGUCCUAUGGGUUGCAUAUUACUUCGCUCUUGAAAAAAAUCAUCUGUUGCUAAGUUUAACAGUUUUAGCUCUCAAUUCCACAUUUACAUGACAGAAAAAAAUUAUUCUAGCCCUGUGGUUUAUGAUGUGCUAUUGGAUAAGUGUUUAUGUAAAACUGAUGUUUCAAAGAGAACCAGUUCUAAUUGGAAUUUGCAACUAAGUGGCAAUAUGCAGAUCUACCUCUGUCUUACAUUGUGCAUCAUAUCAAUACCAUAAUAUAAUUAGUUUGAUCACUUUGUCUUAUUUUUCAAUGUCUAAAAUUACGCUUACUCACCAUGCUGUAAACAUUUGGAAGUAAUGACUGAAAUUUGGCUAAGUGUCCGUUGUGCAGGGGACAGUAAGUGAAAAAAAGGAACCGUCAAGACCCAUCUGAAUGGAAAAUUUCAGUGCUGUUUUUUAAACUCCUGCACUUCCUUUAAGAAUAAGGAAACUUUUAUGUCUAAUUGGAGUUGCUGGCUGGCGAAAAGCUGCCAGUGUUCCUGAGGUUUAUGGGAGCGUGCCACUGUACUUAACGGUUUCUCCAGUUGCGGGGGAAGCCUCUCCUCUACCCUCUUAGAUUCAGUUGUUGAGGCCUGUGAAAUAAACUGACAAAGGACAGAUUAGCAAGAGAAAGGGCAGAUUUUUAUUUACAUAUGUAAAUGGAAGUUCAGAGAAAAAUGUAACUUGAGGCAGAAUUUACAGCUUAUAUACCAUCUUAAUAAGAGAAGGGGACAGCGAGAAAGGGCACUUAGGGGAAAACAAAUGACUUUUAGGAAAGAUAAAUGGGCCCUUAGGAGAAUAGGUAGGAGAAAAGAUAGUUCUAUGACAGUGUCUUUUUAGAUGCGGCACUGAAACUCCCAGGAGAGGAUUUGACAGUUGAGUCCUUUAGGGAGGUUCUGCUUUUAGUCAGAUAAAGGGAAUUCAGGAAAAAAGCCUCUUCCUGCAUCUGUUGAUUCUCAAAUGCAUUCAGCUCGAAAUGUUUUUUGUGCCCCAGCGGUGUGUUCUGGACCCUUUUAUUUCCCCUGUCUAAAACUUUCCAAGAAGUUUCACAGACCAGAAGCCAAGUUGGUGGCUGUAGAGAGAAGAUUCGGGUUAGAAGUUAGGAGAGAAGAGAUCUGCAAAGGGAAGGAAGGCAUAGAUGUAUGGAGAAACAAAAGGAAAAGCAAAAAUUAAUAGUUGGAGCAGAUUAUAUAGACUCAGUUUUUGAGUACAGAGGGCAGUCAAUCCAAAGGAUUUCUAGAUGUUGGUCUUAAGGCAUCUUUAUUUAAGCAGUGGAGUCAGGAUAGUAGUGGCAGUCUCACACACGUGGUUAUUUCCCAGAGCUCAAAGGACCAUGUUCUGGUGAACUUCCUGAGUGGCCCAAACUGUAGUGGUGGUAAAUCCCUUAAAGUUACAUCCAGCUUCAGUUUGCAGGGCUUCAGGAAAAGGGCAGUUUUAGUUCUUAGUAAUGCCAAGUCAGAAGGAUGGUAGAAAAUUGGAAAUGUUAAUUAGUGACAAAAUGCGCAAGAUGGCAGGAUCCAGCUUACAAAGAGGUGAAAAUAGCUCAAGGAGAAUGAACAGGACUAGAAUCUGAUAAUCCACAUGGGUAUAUUAUACUUUUCCAUUGAAACAUAAAAUUUGUCUUUAUAAUCACCCUAGUUUUGUAAAAGGUAAUCAAGGUAAGACGGUUUUUGUUUGCAAAACGAGUCUAGUCUCAUCAAACUUGGCCUGAUUGUUUAUAUAAGUGCAAUGAAAAUAGUAAUUGAUGACACAGGCCUUUUGAACUUUUAUUAGGAAUCCCAAAUGGGACUUUUAAAUUCCUCGAGUCUAGGAAGCCAAGCUGAGAACUUGCCAUCAGACUUCCCUUGCAUGCCUUCACAUUUGGAUGAAUCCCUCCUUCUCCAGGUCCCCAAAAUAUCUUAAGCUUUCUGGUCCUGCCAGGAAGUGGCCUUCCUAACUCACCCAUAAGGCUGGGACCCCUGUAACCCAGGCACUAGGCAGCUUUCCAGGAGGGCUUUGUAAGCACUGGCUCCUUAAAGUCAGCCUUAUUAAUUCCUUAAAACUGGUCAUAUCUAUGCACAUCAUCCUCAAAUAUGACAUUCCAGUCAAAGCCUUGGUAAUAUAAUCAGUGUUUCCAGUUGUGUCCUGUUAACAGGGAGAACAAAUUCUUAUUGAACUUGUUCAAAUAACUAUAUUGCCAUGGAAAUAAGUAUUCAAUAAGAGUUUUUCCAAAUUUUGGAGGGUUCAGACAGGGAGAAAAGAUAAAUGCUUCAUUUUUGUUUACAAAGAUAUGAUCUACUAAAUUGCUGUAAGUGCUAGAUAGCUUAAGAGAAAAGGCAUUCCUUAAGUCCAGAAAAUAGAACAUUAAAGAACCAGUAAUAAGGGACUUCCCUGGUGGCACAGUGGUUAAGACUCCGCACUCCCAAUGCAGGGGGGCCCGGGUUCCAUCCCUGGCCAGGGAACUAGCCAGGACUAAGGAGCCUCAACUAAGGAGGCUGCCUGCUGCAACUAAGGAACCCACCUGCUGCAACUAGGACCUGGCACAACCAAAUAAAUAAAUAAAUAUAUAUAUAUAUAUAUAUAUAUAUA